AGGGCAGUGCAGGGUGGGGAGGCGGGCUCCAGCUCUUCGGAGUUACGCCGCCGUGAGACACGCCUGGAGAGAGAGCGAGAGGGGGGGGGGCGCUACGCUCCUCCUCCUCCUCCUCCUCCCCUUCUUUCUCUUUCCCUUCCCUUCCCUCCGCAGCUCCACAAACUAGGAACCAGCUCCAACAGCCGUGUGCUGAAUGUGCGCGCGCGCGUCUUUGAGCGAGAGCAAGAACAACACAGGGAAGCACAAACGGGGAGGAGGAGGAGGAGGAAAAGCAGCAGCGACAGCAGGAGAAGGAAGGUGAAGAGGGAAGGACACACGCGCAGAGAGAGAAGGCUGGCCAGAAGAGACGGCUGGGGAGAGAGAGGGGGGAAAAGUUUACACCCUCUGAAGCUGCUCUUUCCCACCCACCUCUUCCCGCGGCGGCGCUGCUGGCGCAGAUGGGAGUUUUACCUGGAAUGACAUAAGUUUUUUUCCCUCCUCCCCUUCCCUUUUGGGAGGGUGUCUCCCUUCUUUUAAAAAAAUAUUAAAAUUUGCUGGAUCCAGAGCUCCAUUCCUCCCCCCCCCCACGCCCUCCAGCAACGGUCGGCGAUGUGACAGCCAGGAGCAAACCUUUAGCCAGCCUUCUUAGCUGAGAGCUGUCACCAAGGAGGUGAUCUGAGUGGACUUCGCCGCCGUUUCCAGCUGCACGGCCCCGAGAGAGGCUGGAACUCCUGCCGCCGCCGCUUGCUGCUGGACCUUGCGUGUAAGAUCGUAGCAACCUCCUCCUCUCUGCUUCCAGGAUUUAACCCCAGAUCUGCUCCAGAGAUCGGAUCCACAGAGAUCGGAUCCGCCACCUUCCUUAUUGCUAUUCUUCCCUGGUCUGCCGCUGGCCGCCGUCCUCCUUGAUCGGACGCUUUGGCAGUUCAAAGCUGGAGGGUCUUUCCUCCGACCAUUGCACAUCGUAGGUGGUUAGGAAAAUGAAGGAGGAAGUUGAAUGAAGUGGUGCAAAUUGUAUAGAUACAUACCAUGAUUUGCCACAAGUGGCUUCAUUUAUGGAGACCAAAGGCUAUCACAGUUACCCAGAAAGCCUAGAUAUGGAGAGACGCUGGAGCCAAGGUUCUCAGUCUAUGGAGUAUUCUUCUGCAGGAGAGCGGGCUGAAGAGAGUAAUAACUAUAUGGAGAUUGUAAAUGUGAGCUGUGUUUCUGGUGCUUUUCCAAAUAGCAGUACUCAAGGAAGCAACAAAGAAAAACCUGAACUUCUUUCUUGCCUUCAGCAAGAUCAUAAUCAGCCUGGUAUUUCAACCUCUGACAUAAAAACUGAGUCAGAUUCCAAGGAGCUUUCUGCAACUGUAGCUGAAUCAAUGGGUUUGUACAUGGAUUCUGUGAGAGAUGCUGAUUUUAGCUAUGAUCAGCAAAGUCAACAAGGAAGCAUAAAUCCUGGAAAGAUGUAUCAAAAUGUUGAACAACGGGUGAAGCUAUACAAGGAGAAUGGCCAUCGCACUUCUCCCUUGAACACCCCAAGCAGGCCUCUGAGACCUCGAAUAUCGGACUGUGCAAGCUCUGUGAAUGGUGGUAUCGUACCCACAAUUGUGAAGAGUCCCAGAGUAUGUCAAGAGAAGAGUCCUCCUGAUUGUAGUCCUCAAAACAUGGCUUCUUCAGUCUGCAGCCCUCCUGGAAUUAAUUCUGUAUCUUCAACAACUCCUGCUAACUUUGGAAAUUUCACAGUUAAUAGCCCAAUCAACCAGGGAACGCCUUUAUCAUGCUCCCCCAACAUUGAAAAUCGUGGCUCAAUGUUGCACAGUCCUGCCCAUGCUAGUACUGUGGGAUCUCCUCUGUCAAGUCCUAUUAGUAGCAUGAAAUCACCUAUUUCAAGCCCUCCUAGUCACUGUAGUGUGAAAUCUCCAGUUUCAAGUCCUAAUACAAUUCCUAUGAGAUCCUCAGUGUCCAGUCCUGCAAAUAUGAACUCAAGGUGCUCUAUUGCCAGCCCUUCCAAUGCCAAUAAUAGGUCUGCUCUUUCUAGCCCAGCUGUUAGUACUGUGGGGUCCUCUAUGUGUAGUCCAAUAAAUGGUGCACUGGCCUUUCCUGCAUCUAACACACCUGUUGGACCUGGCACAGGCCAAGACAUUGUUCCUAGUCCAGAUACAAAAGACAAUAAAGGUGCUCCAGAAAUCCUAUUUCCUAAAAUAGAGGAAAUGGAAAAUACCAUCUCUGACAAUGAAGUCGCUAAUCCAAUGAAUCGUAUUCAGUUUAUAAAACCUGAACCAGAAGGGGUAUUCAGUAGCUCAUGUCUUGGAGAAAACAGCAAAAUCAGUUCUGAUUCCCCAUUUUCAGUAUCAAUAAAGCAAGAAUCAGCUAAACAUUCUUGUUCUGGUGCUUCUUUUAAAGGGAAUCAGACUGUCAAUCCAUUUCCAUUUAUGGAUGGGUCAUAUUUUUCUUUCAUGGAUGAUAAAGACUACUAUUCUCUUUCUGGGAUUUUAGGACCACCUAUUUCAUCAUUUGAUGGCACCUGUGAAAGUAGUGGGUUUCCAAAUCCAGGCCUGUCUGUAGGAAUCAAACAGGAGCCCACAGAGAGCAGCUAUUAUCAAGAGAACCCUCUGCCAUCUUCUGCCAUCAUUGGGGUGAAUUCAGGUGGCCAGUCAUUUCACUAUAGGAUUGGAGCUCAAGGCAGAAUAUCUUUAUCACGACCUGUUGGUAGAGAGCAGUCUUUUCAGCAUAUGAGCUCAUUUCCUCCAGUAAGUACUUUAGUGGAGUCAUGGAAAACGCAUGCUGAGUUGUCUGCCAGAAGAAACGAUGGGUAUCCAGUUCUAGAAUACAUUCCAGAAAAUGUGUCAAGCUCCUCAUUAAGGAGUGUGUCAUCUGGAUCCUCAAGACCUUCCAAAGUGUGUUUGGUGUGUGGGGAUGAAGCAUCUGGAUGUCAUUACGGAGUUGUUACCUGUGGCAGCUGUAAAGUCUUCUUCAAGAGAGCAGUGGAAGGUAAAUCCUCAUGGCAGCACAAUUAUUUAUGUGCAGGACGGAAUGACUGUAUAAUUGACAAGAUUCGAAGGAAAAACUGUCCAGCUUGCCGAUUACAGAAAUGUCUUCAGGCUGGAAUGAAUUUGGGAGCUCGCAAAUCAAAGAAGUUGGGCAAGUUAAAAGGGAUUCACGAAGAACCACAGCAGCAGCAGCCACCACCCCAAAGUCCAGAAGAAGGGACUACCUAUAUUGCUCCAGCAAAAGAACCCUCUGUAAACACAGCACUUGUUCCUCACUUGUCUUCAGUUUCACCAGCACUUACUCCCUCACCCACUAUGGUCCUAGAGAACAUUGAACCUGAAAUUGUAUAUGCAGGAUAUGAUAGCUCAAAGCCAGAUACGGCAGAACACUUGCUCUCCACUUUAAACCGUCUUGCUGGCAAACAGAUGAUUCAGGUGGUAAAGUGGGCAAAGAUACUUCCAGGCUUUAGAAACUUGCCUCUUGAGGACCAAAUUACUCUAAUCCAGUAUUCUUGGAUGUGUCUAUCAUCAUUUGCCUUGAGCUGGAGAUCAUACAGACAUACAAACAGCCAGUUCCUCUAUUUUGCUCCUGACUUGGUCUUUAAUGAAGAGAGGAUGCGCCAAUCUGCCAUGUUUGAAUUGUGCCAGGGGAUGCACCAGAUCAGCCUUCAAUUUGUUCGCUUGCAACUUAGCUUUGAAGAAUACACCAUAAUGAAAGUUUUGCUGCUGUUAAGCACAGUUCCUAAGGAUGGUCUGAAGAGCCAAAGUGCAUUUGAAGAAAUGAGGGCAAAUUAUAUUAAAGAACUGAGGAAGAUGGUAACUAAACAUCCAAACAGUUCUGGGCAAAGUUGGCAGCGAUUUUACCAACUGACGAAGCUCCUAGACUCCAUUCAUGAUCUUGUUAGCGAUUUGUUGGAAUUCUGUUUCUACACCUUCCGAGAGUCUCAAGCUCUGAAAGUGGAGUUUCCAGCAAUGCUGGUAGAAAUCAUCAGUGACCAGUUGCCGAAGGUGGAAUCUGGGAAUGCCAAGCCCCUCUACUUCCACAGGAAGUGACAGAAAAUGUCUUAAUGGAAAAAAAAACUUUGCCUUAAGUUUCCCUGUGCUAUUCCACACCCAUGAAGGACCCAAGAAACCACAUUUAAAAUAUGCUAUACAAAAUUGUUCAGCAAUCUCUGAAUAGUUUAAAAUCCAUAGAAAGGGUUUGGAGGCUGGAAAGCAACUUAUGUGAACUUGGCGAGACAAAGUCGUCAAGAUGUUUAAGAUCCAUCAUCCCACCCCCAAUACCCCAACAUUUAGAAAAGUGUGUUCCUGUUCCUCCGGAUGAAAAGCCAUAUCUAGUCAAAUAACUCUUUGAUUUUGAUAUUUUAAGAAAUGAACAUUUUAACUAUGCCAUGUAGUUUCUGGUAUUGUUUGCUUGUUUUAAGGGUUCAAGGACUAAUAUGAACUUUUUAAAGCUUACCAUUUGUUUGCACAUAAAACAAAGUCAAUAUGGGGCAUUAACACACACACACACACACACACACACACACACACACACACACACACACCCUGGAUGUGUAAAAUAAAUAAUGGAGCAUUUGGUGUGGAAUAAUCUUGGUAUCUUCACUGGUGGCAUUUGUUAUCCCAUUUUAUCCAUCAUAGAUGAUCUACACUGUGUUAAGUGUUCAUUUAUUAUUUAACUUGAAAGGAUAAGAUGUUAAAACAAAUGCCUCGGUUUCAAUUUAUAGUAUCUAUUGUGCUGGCUUUACCAAUAAUAUUUUGCAGUCUUUUGCUGUACUGUACAUUGCUGUAUGUAUAAAAUUGAAGGACCUGACAAAAAAUGGUAUACGGAACUUUUGUAAAUGAAACUGAAAAAUCUCUAAUGGAUAUAGGAUGAAUGGGAAAGUAUUUUUGGAAUAAUUCUAUUUUGCUGGAGACUAUUUAAUUACUCUUUUUGUCUAAACACAAAGUAAUUUUUUUUUGUAAAGUGAAUUGUUCUGCAUGCAUAAUGAACCGUUUACAGUGUAUUUAAGAAAGGGAAAGCUGUGCCUUUUUAGCAUCAUAUCUAAUUUACCAUCUGACAGUGUCUGCUGUAAAUAACCACCCAUAAACAUUUUCAGUUGGAUUUCUCCUCCUCCUUUCUGUACAUUUUCAUCCAUGUGCCUCCCUCUUCCUCAGUAUUUGCUGCUUUUACAUGCCUUGAGCACACUGAGUUCUGCUUCAUGUACAGCUGCGUCUGCAGCUUUAGACACGUUUCAUGUACCAAGAUAAACUCCAAAGGACACAAACUACUGAGAAGUUGUGCUACAGAUGCCCGAGUGAAGUUAUUGGAGCUGUGCAAAUAUAUGGUGGUUCAUUUCAGUGGGGCUUGCUGCACGGGAUGACAUCCUGGUGGCUAAUUGUGCCCAAAGUCUCCUCAAAGACUUGUCAGUUCCAGGAUGAAAUGAUGUUUCUGCCUGCCUAUUUACUCAGAGGCCACAGUUCAGCAAAUUUAGCCCCACUGAUUUUCAUGGGACUGUAUGGGCACUUAACUCUCUAUGCUAGAUUGUGGCCAAAGAAAUAAACUACAAGUAUUUGUAAAAGGGGUACUUUAAAAAGUACCCCUUUUUAAUUUGGAAUGUAAAUAAAUACAAAAAAUAAGGUUUUAACUCUUAAUAUGAAAAUAACAUUCUAUUCUGAGAGGAAAAAUUCAACACAAUGUCUAGCCAGCCAGAUUUGUUUAUGGGAGAAAUAGAUGCUAAUGGCAAAUUUGGAUAGUUUAACACCUAGAUCCUAAACUGUUGGUUUUUUUAAAAUUAUGUCCCAUUGAUUUCAGAACAAUUUACUUCUAUGUAACUGUUUAGGAUUCCUGCCUCAAUUAGCUAUUAAAUGAUAUUAAUGUUUUAACACUUUUGCAAGUCAGCCCUAAAAUUCAGCUAAAAAUAAACGUUUCAAUUCUGCUGAUCUGGGUCCACCCCCAACCAUUUUAUGGGCUGAGAUGAUACAGAUUUAUAUUUCUUGCGAUGAUUAUCAUUAUUAUACAGUUUAUAAAUAAUAUAAAUAUUGGAACAUAAUUUAGAAACUUUUCCUAUGACCAUUGAUAUUAAAUACAAAUGUAAAAAGAAUAAUUGUCAAGAGUUAUAUUUCUCUAAACCUGUGUCUAGGCUAAGGUGUUUUUGUUUGCUUAGUUUGAGAAACCUAAAAACAAAAGCUUACAUACUGUGCAGGAUUCUCAAGCAUUUUGCACUCUGUGGGUACUGCUGUGUCUAACGCAAGUUGCGCUAGAGUACACGCGCAAAUGCCGAAAGUGUACGAGGGAGUUGCACGAAUGCACAGCCAUUAUUUCCAGUGGCCAUGUGAUCAUGUUACGCUUUUGUCCGAUUUCAGCAUUGGUGCAAGUGUGCUCUAGUGCAACUUGCAUUUGGGAAAUACAGAAGCACACAUUGUGCACAAAACGCCUGAGAAACACUGCACAAUAUGUGAGCCAAAGUCUUAAUAAAUAAUCAAGGCUGAGAUCCAAAGAGUUGCUUUUUGCAUGCCCAAGACUUGGGUGUACCCAGCAGGAUUUCUUUAUUUUCUUUGAUGGAAUGGCAGGCCCCAGAGUCCUGUCACAAACUACAUUUGAAAGAACCCUCAGGUUCAGAAAUGAUUUUCCAGGUGGCCCCUUCAAGAAAUACAAGCCUAAAGCCUCCUUGGACUCAUGAACUCAUUGUGGCAUUCACUGGAUCUCAAACCAAUGUUCUCAACAAUCAAACAUAUGUCAGAUUCAGAAAACUGAAAGUUCUUUUGCAUGUAAAAAACAAGAUGCAAACAUACUAUUUUUCUUUUUAAAGCACAUUUCUUGUCAACAGGAAAUCCGAAUAAGGAUAAGGAAAGGAUCAAAACAUAAAAUUACACAUGCAUAUAUCAUUUGCAGUUUUGGAAAUCUAAUUCAUAAACCGACUCCUUUGAUCUGCACAGCAAUAUGAAAUUCAUACUUCUGAAGUGAUAAAAAUGCACAGCAUGCAGACAGGUUGUUUAUAGUAAAGAAGUGGACACAAAUCUCCCUUUUAUUUUUUUUUAAGACUGAAAUUGGCAUUUCAAAUUAUCCAGGUUUGUGGUUAAUGCAGCAUGCUGCUGCCUCUUUUUUUUUUUUUUUUUUUUUAAAUACUAUUAUUAUUAACAAAGUUACUGAAAUUUUUUCUAUUGCUAAGUAACUUUGAUUAAAAUAUUAAAGCCAUAUUACUGAAAAAUCUACUGUUAGAUGUUUGUCCCAAUUCACAUUGUUGUCUGUUUGCUCUUAUUUUUGUACCUUCUUGCAUUUAAUCUUGGUUUGGUACAAUUCAUAAUUAACAGAAAUGUCAUAAUUAAAACACUAAAUUAGUUUUAAAACAAUUUAUAUCUUUAUGCAAAAUAUAUGUCUCUUUGCAAACAACUGUAAGCAGAUUAUAAUAAAUCCUUUACUUUAAUCACCUGUUUAUGAAACCAUUGAUUAUUGCUUAGAAAUCAUUUAAAUGAAAUUUAAAUAAAAACAAGGAAGGUAUCAGGAGUACAUUGUACUUAGAAUGAAACAGGCACCUGUCUCCUGCAAAAUAAGAUAAGCUUAACUUCAAAAUGUCAAACUGGUAAAUUGUGUUGAUUUGAGUGUAAUGAUUUUUGUGGCAAUGAUUGAAUGAAGAUAUACAGCAAGAACAUUGUAUUCAUACGUUAAAAUGUAAAAUAGUUUUAAUUUACUGCAGCCGGUAUUUCAAGAAUAAUAUUGCAUCGCAGCGUGUAACCAUUUUGUUGCACAGAACAAAACAGAAAAAGGACUAAAAGCUUGCAAUAUCAAAAUCUUAAUAAAAUAUACUUUAUAAUCUACAAUGCAAAAAUCUAAUUCACAGGGUGGUACUUUCACUGACUUUUAAAAACCUUUAUGAAUUUAAACCAUUCUACAUUUAAUGCACUUUUAAUUGACUAUUAAAGAUGUGACAUUUUUGAGAGGGAGAGAGAAGGGGGUGGAGUGCAAUUUCAUCUGGCAGCAGGUGAAUAACCUGAUAGGAGCAGUUACAAUGCUCAGAGGACGGAUUCAGAACCCAUGGCGCUGAAGGGCACAUACCACUGGAAACUUAGCACUUGUGCAGGAGAUGUUCCUGGUGGGUUGUGGCUUAAACACAUAUUAUUGGAUUAAAAAUAAAAAGUAGCUAGCACUAUGGGGUGAAACAACAAUCUAUGCAUAAUGAUGCAUUAAUAAUUGGGGGCUUGCUUCUGUAUGUUUAAAUUUUUUGAAUAAAUAGAAAAUUACUGUUUGGCCUUUA